AUGUCAUUAAGCGCGCCUUCCACUCCAGUUGCAGAGGUGACUGCGCAACUGUCAGACUUGGCUUGUGCAACUGAUUCUGUGUGCCCCCUCGCUGAGUCACUUGUGCCGUCGCGAUCGCAGCCGAAAUUUGAAACUAAUUCCACCACGGACGCAUUGUUGCUGCAGCUGGUUGAGCAACUGAGAGAGUGCAAUGAGCGGUUCUCUGCAUUCGCCGAUGAACAACGCAUAAUUAACAGCGAAAUGCGUGAGAAACUUGACCGGCUGAGUGACAUUGCGGGCGUGGUGGAACGAAAUAGUCAGCGCAUUGCUUCACUCGAGCAACGCUGCACUGACCUUGUGCGUGAUAUGGGUGUUUUAAGCCGGGAUCGAGGGUCGUCAAGUCAUGCUUCUAAUUCGCAAACAGACAACUUGCUUAUUAUUUCGGGCAUUCCUGACUCCUUAUCUACAACUCCGCCGAUAUUAGUUCGAAAUGUGUUCGAGUCGCUCGGUGUCUCCGACCUUGCCUGUCACAUCUUAGAUGUCAGAGCUGCUGGUCGCCACCAGCCGCCUAUAGCGUCCCAUGCAUCGCCUUCGCAUCCUUCGUUGUCCUUGCGACCACUUCAUGCUCAUUCAACCAGCUCUUUAAUUGUAACCUUGACCUCCUCCGCCGUGCGUAACAAGGUUAUUUCUGCGAAGCGAGUGCGACGGGCGCUGAUGUUGAGGGAGGUGAGUGACUCCGACUCCGAUCGCAAUAUUUAUGUUAAUGAACUGCUCCCUAAGGAGGUCUAUGAGCUGCUGAAACUCACCAGGCGCGUGGCUCGUGAAAAGUCGUACCGUUACGUCUGGGUUAGCGGCGGGCAGAUUUAUGUCCGACAUUCUGAUGGUAAGCCUAGCACUCCCAUCGCCUCUCAAGCUGACUUGGAUUCUCUUGUCUGA